GCAACAUAUAAACUCACGUGUUGGAUCAACAUGUUUUUAAUCACAACAUUACAAGGCUUUGAUCAAAUAGGAUUGGGUGUAAGUCAUUUCUCUGAGGAUUUUUCCAAAUGGGUCCUGGACACCCAAGAGAACCUAACAGAUCAUCUCGAAGAGAUGUUAGAUGCUGCUCCGACACCCAAGAGGACCAAACAGAUCAUCUCCAAGAGAUGUUAGAUGCUGCUCCAACUGAAAUCUGGGAGCAUGAGAAGGAGGCUGGUGAGGUCAAGAAGUACUUGGAACAGAUGACUGAAGAAAAUAACAAGUUGAAAUGGGUGACUGGUCAUUUUGAGGAAGAGAAGAAUCUCUACUCGAAAAAGAUUGAACAACUGAAGGAUGCCUUGGCCCAAAAGGAAGAGGAGAUGAGGGAACUAAAAGCUGAUUCCUAGGCCAAAGAGGAAGCUUUUCCGACCAAAGCCGCAGAAUGGGUCAGCAACCAGUAUGCUGAAACAUCCCGGGUUAUCGUUUCUACCUCCGAGGGAACCAAGAACUUCUUCUAAAUUCUUUUUAAGGAGCCCGAUGGGAAGAUGAUGAUCACUGCCAUGGGAUCCUUUGGAUUCCAAAAGGACCAAAAUUUUAAAAGAGCCGGUAUGUACAAGGUCAUGCAGAAGAAAUAUCCUUCAUUUGA